AGUAAAAGUAAAGGCGCAGUGCGCACCAAAGGGCACGCAAUUGCUCCGAGUUCUGUCUCUCAUUUUCAUAUGGCGGAUGUCCGAGGGACAGCGUCGGUAUCAAUAGGAAAAAUUAUGAUUUUUCCACGGGACAAUCGAUAGCGUAAUCCUUUGGUCGUUAAUUCAAUUAGGAAGAUGUGAGGGAUCUACGCUGCAUCAAUGCAUCAACUCUUGGCUUGCCACUGGUUGUUGCUUCUGUAACUAUAAAAUAUUCAGUGCGAUGAAUAAUUAACUGCGUAUCGUGUCUGCUUCCUACGUGCUCGAAAUGUUUGCGCGUGAGGCAGCGGAGUUGAGUUUUAUCAGACAAUUUGUCUAAAAGAGUUCAGUUAUGGCUGAAGGAACGGAGCCAAAAUCUAUUGAUGGCCAAAUCUCGAGGGGUCAGUUAGAAAUAAAUGAAUGUCUCGGUAACUGGUUGACGUACUUACAGACACUCAAUGGCCUAUGUACAGCUGGUACAAAACUAGCCCAAUCUCUGCAAGCACUUCUCUCCGUGCAUGAUACAGUGGCACAGUGUCGUCUGACAGGCCAGUGUUUAGCUGGGUGGGAAGAAUUAGCAAGAGCUACGCACAUAGCCAGCAGUACUGUUAAAAAUCAUGUGAUCACUGCUCUGAGGGAUCAUGAAUCUCGCGACAAUGACGGAGACAAGCAUGAUAUUCUCAGAGAAAAUCUCUUGACAUUCGUAAAUUUGCAAUAUCAGUUUUGCGUUGCUUGUUGCGAGUGUUUGGGUGGCAUGGCGGAAUGCUCUUGUUCUCAAAGCGGUAGUGGCGAUUGCGACAUUGCUGCGCUUCAGCAAUGUUUUGAACGUCUUUACAGUUCGCCGGUACCGCCAAUUUCUUCUUCGUCCACCCAGCAGUCCACACAAAAUUGUCGGAGGUCUCCUUUGCCAUAUUCGUUGUUUCCUCUGCAGGUUCAGAGGAGAUGGUCAGAAACGGCGGCGGCGGAAAUGUCAGGCGAGUCCGUCGAGAGCACGAUGAGACGUUGGUCGAUGCCCUGGGAUUGCAAACAUGUUAUAGAGUGGCCUCGCCAGGAUGCAAGGUCGCGUUUAAGGGUGCCUCAGCAAGAUCGUAGUAGAUCGACCACGCCUGACUCAGUGUGGAAAACGUCAAUGGCUAGUCAGGACGGUCUCCAGGAAGCUAUUCAGCUAUUGUCUUGCAAGCCAGGAGUUCGGUCGUCCAAUCAACUCUCGGCUUACACUAGUCAGCAUAUCCCGGGCGUCACUUUGACAACCUGCAAUUUCGACUCGAAUUACGACUCCGCUAUUUGGUCGGGGUCGCGUAGGAUAGGUUCACCUAGAUGUUGGCCUCAGGACUCUAGUGACCAUUCUGAUCAAUCUGGGCAUCGUGAUAGCGAUCACAGUAUUCACAGCGAACAUAGGGACUCGGAACAGAGUGGUGCCAGCGGCAGUCACGGUGAUAGCAAGGACAGCAUUCACUCUCAUUGUGAUCAUAGAGAGACCGAAGCUGGUACAGCUGAUACAUUGCCGUCUCGCAAGAGCAGCUCGUCGACCGAUUCUUGUGUCUCGGCACACAGCCGAUCAGGUUCUGAAAGCGCGGGUGGCGGGGAGUGCACGAGAUCACAAUUAUACUCGAUGUGGAGCGGCGGCGAUCUGUCCUUCAUCAAGUUGCCGGAGAGCAACGAAAUACAAGACGAACAUCCACCCACUUAAAUAUCUGAUACUUUUGCUUCAUAUCCAAAAUGUAUCCGAAAAAACUCAACCAAACUUUUGAAUUACUGAAUCAUGAAAUAGUCCUUUUUCAAAGAAAUAUCUUUAAGAAAUUUCGCACAUUGAGAAAAUACAACAAACUCUAUAUAUUUCUCUUGAAAUUAUUUUUGAAAAACAUAAAACUUUUUUAGUUUACGCUUUAUUUAUUCACAAGGAAUCUGUUUUAUACAUAUUUUAUUGUAUUUGGAGAUUUUCUGUAUUUCGCGAUUCAUUCAAAUGAUUCAGUGAUCCAAAAUUAAACCAUCAUCACGAUAAAAUUGUUGACCUAUGAAUUCAUUUAAUAGAGAUGCGAUCAAUUUUAUUUGUGAUGUAUACAUGUUUGAUAUUUGUGACGGCGCGAGUUAAUACGUGCAUAUUGAGUGUAUAACUAAAGAUAGAAAAAUAUGUAUAAAGAACGUUAUACAGACAGACCACUUUGUAAUACUUACAGUACGAUUAAUCACGCAAUGGAGUUCGCAGAAGAGCAUUUAACAUUAAAACUACUGACGAUCAAUUUAUGCUAUUUAAGUAUAUAUCUUUUUUAAGGGAUAAAAUGAAUAAAAUAUAUAUAU